AUGGUGCAUGGAGAAGGUGACACCCUUGUCAGGCCCGCACACCAGGCCGUCCUGCCCGCCGGGGACAAGCACCGCCAGUCCUACCCCCAAUUUCGGGGAGUUGGAAAGACUACUUUGAUCCAGAAAGCUACUCAAGCCCUAAAAUCUACAGGGGUUCCCCUUGAUGGAUUUUACACAGAGGAAGUCCGAGAACAUGGCAGAAGAAGAGGAUUUGAUGUUGUUACUCUGUCUGGAAAACGAGGUCCUUUAUCUAGAGUUAGUUCUGAUUCCUCUGCUUCAAGACCUGAUUGUCGAGUUGGACAAUAUGUUGUAGACGUUGCUUCCUUUGAGCAGUUGGUUCUUCCUUUACUGAGUAAUGUGAGUCCUGGCAGUGAUGCAGAGAGAAAAAUCUGUGUCAUAGAUGAGAUUGGUAAAAUGGAACUCUUCAGCCAGCCCUUCAUUCAAGCCGUUCGUCAAAUGCUGAGCGGUUCGGGGACUGUGAUACUUGGGACUAUUCCAGUACCUAAGGGAAAACCACUGGAUCUUGUUGAAGAAAUAAGAAGUAGAAAAGAUGUUAAAGUUUUCAAUGUUAAUAAGGAAAAUAGAAACAACAUUUUGCAAGACAUCUUGGCAACUGUGGAAUCCUGCAGAAAAUGAAGAUCCUUCUCUUCCCUGCAAACACCGAGCUUUUAUUUUUAUAAAAUACUACGACAUUUUGCAGAUCUUUUAGAGCCUGUCCUUCCUGUGUAAGCCACUGGAGGGUUUAUUGGAGCCUCCGAGGCAAGUAAGGUAGAGCUGGUAAUAUUUUA